UCGCUUUCCAACUCCAUCAAUUUUUCCUUUUAAUUUUAUUUCCUUUAUUAUUUUUCCUCAUCAUUCUUUACAAUUGUACGGCCACUUGCAGAUUCCUCCGCGUUCAUCCAUCUCAAAAACCGACGAUCAUCCAUCGAAGGAAUCACGAGUCUUCGUUAAUUUUUGAGAUAUGGCAGGCACGUGCACCACUGGCGGCGGCGCUGCUGGUGGAGGAGCCGGAGAGAUCAUGCUGUUUGGCGUCAGAGUGGUGGUUGAUUCCAUGAGGAAAAGCGUCAGUUUGAACAACUUGUCGCAGUAUGAGCAGCCUCAAGAGCUGAACAAAUCCAACAGUAAUAAAGAUGGAAGCAAUAAUAAUAACAAUAACAGCAGCAGCAGCAAGGAGGAUGUGGCUGCUGCUGCUGCAGCUGCAGCAGCCGCUGGUUAUGCGUCUGCAGACGACGCCGUGCCUCACUCAUCUAGUAGUCGUGGCGAGCGCAAGCGAGGGGUUCCAUGGACAGAGGAGGAGCACAAGUUGUUCCUUUUAGGAUUGCAGAAAGUAGGGAAAGGAGAUUGGAGGGGAAUCUCUCGCAAUUUUGUUAAGACUCGAACUCCAACGCAGGUCGCAAGCCACGCUCAGAAGUAUUUUCUUCGCCGAAGCAAUCUCAAUCGUCGCCGACGCCGAUCUAGCCUCUUUGAUAUCACUACUGAUACGUUCUCGGCAUUUCCAAUGGAGGAAGAUCAAGCUCAUUGCCAAGACAACAAGAACAAGGCACCUGAAUUGCAUCCAUUGCCGCCCCCGCUACCUGAAAUCAACAAUAUUAGCAAUUUCCAUAUGAUGCCGGCGUUCCCUAUGGCCGUCAAUCCUGUUGUAUUGCCUGUCCCAAUUGAGUCUCCGGUGGAAAACUUGUCGUGGGGACAUGGCAAUCCGGCCACUAACCCCUCGGUAGAUAUUAUCCGACCAAUACCCGUCCUCCUAACCCCUCAUGCUUCUGGAACAUCUGAUUUUAACUUAAAUUUGGAGUCAUCUUUGGACCUGCCUCCAUUGUCACUCAAGCUGUCUUUGCCCUCUGGUCAGAAGGAAUCGUCACCAAAGCAUUCAGCGUUGCAGGUGAUGUCGAGCUUCAACAAUGGAGAUAGCAUCAUCAGCGUUGCUUGACGUAAUAUGGUCGGAAAGGCGGAGGCGGGUGCAUAAUUAGAUGGUAUGAAUUAGAGCAGAUAAAAGUAAAUUAGAUGAGUGGAAAAUUAAUCCUUUCUUUCAUGUACAGACCAGAGACGAUAUUGUCAUGUCAUUUCUUGUUGGUUUAUGCUAUUAAGUUAGGUUUUGUUCGUUUGUUUGUAAUUUGAUACGACUGAAAGAAAUAAGCCCAAGUACUCUGUUCAUUA